AUGACUGGAAAGUCUUGCAGGGCCACGCCGGAGGUCGGAAACGUUCGACGACUCAAGACAAGGACCGAUUUAUUGUCAUUCAGGCAGGCCAGGCGCCAACGGCUCUCGAACGCUACGACCUUACGUAACGACUUCCAGAAUGCAACUGGUGUGCGUGUAAGCAGACAAACUGUUAGAAAUAGACUGCAUGAUGCUGGCCCACAAAGGCCAGCAAUUCGCAUUCCUUUGACACAACGCAAUAUUCAAGAGGGUUUGCAAUGUGCGCAGACUCAUGUCAUAUGUACAGUUAAUGAUUGGACCCCGGUCCUCUUCACUGAUGAGUCAAGGUUUUGUGUGGACGUCACAGAUAGACGGGCUGGGGUUUGGAGGAGUCCAAAUAAACGGUUAGCUCCAGCAUGCGUUGCAGAACCUGACCGUUUUUUGCGGGGGUUCAGUUCAUGGUGUGGGUGA